UCACACCGUAUUGUCUCAUCUCAUUUCAUUUCACUUCAUAUUAUCAUUUUUCUUAAAACUAAGAAUAGUAAAUUAAAAUAAGAAUUGACUAAAGGUCUUAGUUACCAGGUCAUAAAAUAUCUUAAAAAAAUUAGAUAUGCACAUGCAGUUCGCACAUGACGAAAAACUUAGAAAAUAAAAAUAUUUGGAAUUUCUAUAGUAAUUUUAACCAUGGACGAGGUAGUUGUUGGUACUUAUGAAGGGUUUUUAUCUGGCUAUUCAAUCUUUUCAGUGGAAACAGAAAAAAAAAUUAAACAAACAUUUGCGACCCAUUCACACACUGCAUCAGUUAGAUGCAUCUCCAUAGCGGGUAAAUUUCUUGCAUCAGGUGGGACAGAUGAUAAAGUAGUUAUCUUAGACAUGAAGACUCGAAAAGAACACACUGUUUUAAUGAAUCACGAUGGCACUGUAAAUGCAGUGGCCUUUACAAAUAAUGGUACUCAUUUACUCAGCGGCAGUGAUGAUGGAUCUAUUAUAGUUACAAGAACUGGCAACUGGCAAAUAGAAAAAAUAUGGAAAAAAGCACAUGGAGGUCAGCCUGUUGUAGAUAUAACAAUUCAUCCAUCUGAUAAACUAGCUCUAACUAUUGGUGGUGACAAAACAUUAAGAACAUGGAAUUUAGUCAAAGGACGUCCAGCCUUUACAGUGAACUUGGCUAGUAAAGGUGUAUUGCUGCCAACAGAAAUAAAAUUUUCACCAGACGGUACAAGAUUCUCCUUAGUUUCACAACAAGCAGUUGAUAUCUGGACCUUAGAAAAGGCGGGCUUAGAAAAACGCAUUUCAUUUAAAUCAAGACCUGCCACAGUACAGUGGAUAGAUGAUAAAAGAAUAUUAGUAGGUUUAGACAAUGGCAAUAUAGUAAGCUUGACUAUAUCCAAUGCAGAUAAAGCAGUAACUUAUCAAGGUCAUAAGCAAAGGGUUAAGUGCAUAUAUUAUGAAAACAGCAUGAUGUACUCUGCUUCAAGUUCUGGUGAAAUAAAAGUUUGGUUUGUGAGUGAUUCAAAGCUAAGUGAAAUUUGCUCUGUCAAUGCUGCCUGCAGAGUUACUUGCAUGGCAUUGAACAGACAAAACCAUCUCAUUAAAAAAGAAGAGGCAUCUGAUAAUGAACAAGAAAAUACAGAAGCUAAUGAAGAGCAGCUCUCUGAAAACUCAAAUGAUGAUGAUGAAAUCAGGCCGCCAGAACAAAAAAGAAAAAGAAUGCCUGGAGCUUAUGUAACAAUUAGCUAUGAUGAUAAUGAAAAUAAUAAAGAAUUAAACCCACAACCACCAAAAAAGGUCAAAAAACGCAAAAGAAAUAAAAAACCUAAAAAAACAAACACAUAAUAAAGAAAUAUGAUAAAAA